AUGCCGCCUUUGGAUACAGGAUCUCUCGAAUCUGCUCAGAUUGCUGCUGCUCAGGGAGCAUCAACAGGAGCUAAUUCACCAGGAGAAGAGGAUAUUCCGCCUUCUGGAAACGGUGCACCGGUCACGGCUCCUAACGUGGUUGCAAUCGACAAUAAGAUCGAACAGGCAAUGGACUUGGUGAAAACCCAUCUAACUUUUGCUGUCCGAGAAGAAGUGGAGGUUCUACGACAAACUAUUGCAGAGCUUGAACAGAGGGUCUCUACUUUGGAAAGUGAGAAUCAGUUGUUACGACAAUAUGCGCCUGGAGAAGUUUUGAAUAAUAUUGCCGCACUAGUCCAACAGAGGAAAGCUAGCGCCAAUCCUACUUCAGCACCAACUCAACAUCCACCGUCAACCGCCCCACCGAAAAAAUGA